UUCUUAUGGGCUCUGUCAACAGCUUAUAUAAACAGCUAAUUACUGUGUCUAAAAAAACAGAAAAAGCUAAUGAAGGAUCAUCUGUGACCAUCCCCUGUACUUACAGAUUUCAAAAGCACAAAAAUGUACAUACACUGUUGUGGUUUAAAGAUCCAGAAUAUGAUGCAGCAUCCAAAAAGUUUAAUGGGACUAUUGUAUACAGUAACAUAACAGAGCGCCCACAAUCACAGGAUUACUCCAGCAGAGUGGAAUACAUCACUAAUGCAACGUCACUGAAGCAGCAAGAAAAGUACUGGAUAAAAUGUGAUUUAAGAAUCACCAAACUACAAAAGACAGACAGUGGGAACUACACGUUUAGAUAUAUUGGUUCAUACGAAAAGUACAUGAGUAAUUCUAUGUCUCUCACGGUUAAAGACAAUCCUUGUAAGGUGCACCUUGAACCAUCUGAGCUGAAAAAUCCACUCAGUGAGUCAGAUGAAUUCACUGUUCACUGUUCCACAUCUGGUUCCUGCGAUUUAUAUCCUGAGUGGCUCGUCCAUACAUCAGAACAAAAGGAAAAAUGGACGUCCUCCUUGUCAACUGAUAUGAUCACAGAGACUGAAGAAAAAGAAGGUGGCAGAAAAGUCACUGAAUUGAAACUGAAUUUGACAUGGAAGGAUGACAACAGAACUCUGUCUUGUCGUCCAGGGAGGAGUGAGGACAGCUGGCAGAUCAGGAAUAUCACACUGUCUGUGGAAUAUGCACCUAAAGAGACAAAAGCAACAAUGAGCUCUGAAGAUGUAAAGGAGGGAGAUUCAAUCACUCUCUCCUGCACCACCAGAAUUCGCCCUGAUGUCAGCUUCACAUGGUUUAAAAAAGAGAAACUAGAAGAGUCUCAACAAAUGUCUGACUGGAAACUAAUUCAUGUGAAACCAGAAGACAGUGGGGCAUAUUAUUGUGAAGCUAAAAACAAGUAUGGAGCAGAGAAAUCAAAUAUCAUUCAAAUUGAUGUCAAGUAUGGUCCACAAGGUGUCACAGUGCAACAUCCUGUCAACAUUAAUGAUCUCACAGAGGGAGACAAACUGACACUGAAGUGUUUAGUCCAGAAAAGUAACCCAGCAGUCUAUCAGUUUACAUGGUACAAAAAUUCCCAAGCCCAGAGUGAAACCAACGAGACAUUAAUCAUCAAUAAAGUUACUGCAGAUCACAAAGGAUCUUAUCAUUGCGAGGCUGAUAAUGGGAUAAAAACAGUGAAAUCGAAUGAAAUCAGUGUACAUGUAAAGUAUUUACCAAGAAACAUCAAAAUAGAGGGCACAACCUCUGUAAAAGUGGGCAGUACACUGACUUUGACUUGCUCAGCUGAAUCUAACCCUCAGCCACACUCGUACACAUGGAAGCACACACCUGGACUGUCUUCUUUCUCAUUAUCAAUGAAUAAUAAAGAGUUAAAAAUUGAGAAAGUGACCAUUCAACAUGCAGGGCAGUACACAUGUGAUGUUACCAACACUAUUGGUACAAGAUCACACACUAUUAAAGCUGAUGUGCUUUAUCCUCCAUCUAAUCUUAGUUUGGUCAUGAAAGUGGAAGUGAGAAAGUUUGAUGUGAUCUCCAUUAUCUGCACAGUUCAAAGCUUUCCCAAGUCACAACUCACAGUGACAGGACCUCAGGGUGAUCUAAGUAAUAUUCAGGAAAACCGAAGAAACAGCACAGCAUCUGCAAACACGUUGUGUGUCUACUUGAAUGUCACUGAGUCAGAUGCAGGAAUGUACACUUGCAAAGCGGAAAAUAAAGAGGGAAAAAAUGAUAUUAAACAAGAGCUAACUGUGUUGUAUGUACCCAAAAAUGUGACUGCAAGUAUUAAAGGAGAACAAGCAUUUGGAAGUGAGCUGGUCCUUACAUGUAAAGCCUGCGCCAAACCUCUGUCCUCAUUUGAGUGGAAGAAACACUUCAAUGGAGCGAAAAAUACAGUCGGACAUGAACAGAAACUACAAUUUAAUUCUCUGAAAAUCUCAGACUCUGGUCAGUACAUCUGUAUUGCUCAAAAUGCCAUUGGAAAAACAGAAUCUUCAUUAGUGGAGAUCAAGGUGAAAUAUGCCCCAAACAUAAAUAUUGUCCAUAACAUGACAACUUCAACUUGGGAGUUUCCAGUCCAUCUGACCUGCAGUGCAGAUGCGUAUCCUCCUGUCACAGUCUUCAAAUGGUACAGAGAAGAGGACAACAAAACCGUACUGUCACACGAGCAGAACUUCACCGCUCAGCCUCAGAACCCUGGAACGUAUUACUGUACAGCAGAUAAUGAUAUCGGAAAUUCGCGAUCCAAAAACAUCAUAUUGUUUAUCAGCAGUAACUCUCUUAAGGUGUUCUACCAGACCAUCUUACCCAUCAUUCUCCUGUUGAUUCUCAUUGUUGUGGCCAUCUUUCUGAUACGCAGGACUAUCAUCAAGGCAAGAUUAGAUCAGCAAAGCGGUGCAUUUGAUCCAUCACGCUUUUUUCCAGGAUCACGUAAUAAUACCCAGGACAAUCUGUCAGCGGAAGGCAUUCCUGAUUCUAGUUACGGAAGGGUUAAUCAAGCACAUCCGGCACCCCAUUCCCAAAAUCCGACACAAGCACAGGACCUUAAUCCAAGGCCAAAAUCUAAUGUCCACACAGUGUAUGCUGCAAUUAAACUGCCACAAAUGAAACAGGGAAAAAAGUCCCCAAAACCACACAAAACUGGAUAUAUGGACAAUGACGCAACUACGUCUACCCUAAACUAUGUCACUCUUGACUUCAAGGGACAAAAUAAGCCAGAAGAAAGAGUACCUGAAAGUUCAACAGUCUAUGCUGUGGUGUCAAAAAAUAAGCAGACAAAGAAUUCCCAAUCAGACCAUGAUUAUGAGAAUGUUUCUUCUGCAUGUGUACCAAAAGUUCCAUUCACAAAUAAGGACUGGGAAUCUGAUACCAGCGAAGAAGAUGAAGAAGUAAAUUACACCACAGUGUCUUGUUCUGCCAAGUCUGCUGUUAAGCAACCCAAACAUAACCAGAAGAGCCGCCUUAGCAGUUCAAGCUCUGAUGAGGACGACAGAACUGCAUAUACAGAUAUAAAAACAUAAACAUUUCCAAUUUAAGUAUUAAAACCAAGUAUUAUAUUAUAGCUAUAAUAUUAGUUUAUAUAAUGUUAUUUAAAAGUGAACACAUUAUAUAAGUUAUGAUUCUAUUAGAGUGCCUUUUACUCUUUCAGUUUUUAUUUUUGCAGUGAGUUGGUAUUGAAUUUAUAUAUAUAUAUAUAUAUAGUGUUUUUUAUUAUGUAUCAGUGUACCAUAUAUUUGUGUGAUCAAUUCUUGCGUGAAAAUUUGCCAAAAAUAGUGUGAAAAUUUUGUUUCACUGCAUUGUGUAAAAUGUAACAAGCUUUAUAAUUCCAUUUAACAUUUGUAUUUGCCACUGUAAAGCACUUGCUUGGCAUUUACUGAAUUGCUGAACUGACAAGCUAAGAGCAUUUGACUGGUUUCAUAAAAGUGAAUAAAAAAAACAAAACAAAAUAAACUAAA